UUCCUGCUUCCGGUUAUGUGGGAGGAAUUGGUCAAGAAGGGGAAAACAGUCGUCUUUUUCAGCAUUUCUUAAAAGGCAGAAGCGGCAGAAAAGGUUAUAGUGCCUAGAGGCCAGGAAUGGUUGUUAAGGUUGCCAACCUUUCAGCUGGCUCCUUUUGAGAUACUUUGAUCUGCAGCCCCAACCAGGCAUCUACUGCAUGAAAAGUUUCACAUGCUGUCGCCACUCGGCAUAGCAAACCGCUUUUAACGGUGCAACAGCGGGCUGCUGUCGCUGUUCCUGUUGGUACUUAUAGCCGGAAGGUUCUCCCGGGACCUGUCAGAAAGAGACUGCUGGCUUCGGUGACCAAAGUGUGGCUUGUGUCUAGAGUUGGCUUUGUCCCGGAUUGUCCAUCUAAGGCUACAUGACACGUCAUGGCAAGAACUGUACAGCUGGCGCUGUCUACACCUACCACGAAAAGAAAAAAGACACAGCUGCCUCUGGCUACGGGACUCAGAAUGUCCGUUUGAGCAAAGAUGCGGUGAAGGACUUCGACUGCUGCUGCCUAUCCUUGCAGCCUUGCAAGGACCCUGUUGUGACCCCUGAUGGGUACCUCUAUGAAAAAGAAGCUAUCCUGGAGUAUAUCCUACAUCAGAAAAAGGAAAUGGCCCGGCAAAUGAAGGCGUAUGAAAAACAGAAGAAUGAAAAGAAAGCAGAGAUGGCAGAGUUGAGCAAGGCUGCCAAAGAGUCCCAGGUGAAGAGUUUCCUUGACAAAGAGUUGAGCAUUGUGAGCAAACCCCUCAAUCCCUUUGAUCGGCAGUCAGGAGACUCUCAACCUGGGCCCAGCAGUGGAGAAAAGGCCAAACAACUGCCAAGCUUUUGGAUCCCUUCACUGACGCCUGAGGCCAAGACCAAGGCCAUUCCAAAACCAGACAAGUAUGUGUACUGCCCCAUGAGUAGGAAACCACUGAAACUGAAAGAUUUGAUCCCAGUGCACUUCACCCCUGUAGAUCCUAGUGUAGAUCGUGUUGGACUGAUCAACCGGCAGGACCGCUACGUGUGCGCUGUCACACGAGACAUGCUUGGAAACUCCGUCCCUUGUGCUGUGCUCCGUCCAUCAGGCUCAGUUGUGACUCUGGAGUGUGUGGAGAAGCUUAUCAAGAAGGACAUGGUUGAUCCAGUGAAUGGGGAGAAGUUGACUGACAAGGACAUCAUAAUCUUACAGCGGGGUGGCACAGGAUUUGCAGGGUCAGGUGUGGAGCUGGAAGCCAAGAAAUCUCGGCCUGUGAUGCAAGCUUAAUACAUUCAGAUGGAAAAGAAAGGGACAACUACUUCUCCAGCUGAUGCUAGUUGCCAUCUCCUAGCCUAAAAGAGCCAACAUUGCAUAUAAAUAUAUAGAGAGACAAAGUAUCCUAUAAUUUUGUAAACCAUGCUUGUUUGGUUUUGAAGUUUUGGAAAGAAAAUUUUUUUAACUUGGGAAAUG